UUGGGUGACGUCAGCAGGGGGCACGUGGGGUAAUGAUGACAAACCUGCAGUUUGGAGCGCGUGUGCGACCACACAACGGAGGAAAUCCUCUCGUGCAUCUUCAGAGGGGCAUCACUUUGUUUGUAGGGGUGGAGGAGCUUGUCGCCUCCUCCUCAUCCACUGUUUGUGACUAAACCCUGACCUGCCCCCUUUCCAUUCCCAUGGAUCGCGUUACGGAGCUGCGCGACAUCUGCUCAUCUUUACAACACAGCACGUCCCCGCGUCUCCGACCUGCGGCCGAUCUGUCCUGUGACUCCCUCCUCCUUCUCCUCCUCCUCAGCUCCUGAUCUCAGUUAUUUGCGGAGAGCCACAGUGGAUGUCUCCUCUGCGGUUUCCGGCUGUAGCUGACCCGGCGUGCGGCCGAAGCGCGUCCGUCCUGCGCGUCCGAGCGGAGCCGCAAGCAGCGCGUUUCUUUUAGUCUCGUCCACGCUGCAUCCCCGAACCCAACACACAGCUCUGAUGUGUGGAAACGUGUGAGCAGCGGGCGCUGGUUGUGUUCGUGGGAGCUUUUUGUUGUUGUUGUUCUGUUUACCAUGGAGUCGGUGGAGAAGGAGUGCGGCGCUCUGGGUGGAUUAUUCCAGGCCAUCGUCAACGACAUGAAGAGCUCCUACCCUGUGUGGGAGGACUUCAGCGCCAAGGCGACAAAACUGCACUCACAGCUCAGGACUACAAUUCUGGUAGCUGUGGCCUUUUUAGAUGCCUUUCAGAAGGUAGCGGACAUGGCAACCAGCUCCAGAGGGGCCACCAGAGACAUCGGCUCGGCUCUGACGAGGAUGUGCAUGCGACACCGUAGCAUCGAGGCAAAAUUACGGCACUUUACAAACGCUCUUAUGGAGGGCCUGGUUACGCCACUCCAGGACAGGAUAGAGGAAUGGAAGAAGACAGCGAAUCAGCUGGACAAAGAUCACGCCAAAGAAUACAAACGGUCUCGUCAGGAAAUCAAGAGGAAGUCUUUAGAUACCAUUAAACUCCAAAAAAAAGCAAGGAAAGAGCUUCUAGGCCGGGGGAACCUGCGCCCCCAGCUGAACAGUGCCAUGCAGGAUGUCAGCGACUUGUACCUGCUGAUGGAGGAAACGGAAAAGCAGGCUGUGCGCAGAGCCCUCCUGGAAGAGAGAGGGCGCUACUGUGCAUUCAUCAACUUACUGCAGCCCGUGGUGAAUGUAGAGAUUGCCAUGCUGGGAGAGAUAACACAUUUGCAGGCCAUUGUUGAUGACCUCACGGUGCUGACUGAAGAUCCGCACAAACUGCCAGCAGCCAGCGAGCAGGUGAUCCGGGACCUGAAGGGUUCCGACUACAGCUGGUCCUAUCAGACCCCUCCCUCUUCUCCCAGCAGCAGCAGCUCCAGGAAGAGCAGCAUGUGCAGUCUUCUACAGAUGCCGUCUGCAGGAGCGCAUCGGCUCAGCAGUGUCUCCUCCCACGACUCGGGCUUCGUCUCGCAGGACCCCAACGCCCAUUCCAAGCCCCCUUCGCCCAUGCCCUCUGACAUCACCAGCCAGAAAUCAACAAGCUCGGCUUCCUCCGAGGCUUCAGAAACCUGCCCGUCUGUCAGCGAGUGCAGCUCUCCCACAGCGUUUGGCUCAUGCUCAUCCUUCGGUACCUUCCGCCCUGCUUUCUCUCACUCUGGCACCACCAGGCCUCUCUCUGUCAUACUUCCUGCGCCCCCCACAUUUAACCACUCCCCGGGAUCCAACACCCUCUCACCCACAUCAAAGGUUCCUGUCUGGAAGGAUUGGGCCAAAUCAGGUUCUUCUGAGCCCUCACUCUCCAGCACUCUGCAGCGUACGAGAGAAUCUGUGGAUAAGUUGAGAGAAGUGGAAGCUUCACCCAAUCCACAGGUGUAUUCUGGGAUGCAAGCAGAUGAUCCACAGCGGGCAAGAAGUAGCCCAGGAGCCAUUGCAGCCAAGCACGGUGAGCCUGUCUCUCCAGCAGCCAGUACUCUGGCAAUGGUUCUAACCAGAGGCCUGAGCAUGGAGCAGCAAAAGAGCAGCAGAGACUCCCUACACUACUCCAGCGGCUACAGCACCCAGACCAACACUCCAUCCUGCUCCGAGGACACCAUACCAUCACAAGGUUCUGAUUAUGAAUGCUACUCCCUCAAUGGUGAUGCUGAUAGUGAAGGGCAAGUUGAUUUUGAUAAGUCCUCAACCAUUCCACGCCACAGUAACAUUGCCCAGACUUACCGGCGAAUGAUCCAGACCAAGAGGCCUGCAAGCACAGCAGGUUUGCCUGCCAGUAAGACUAUUCAGGGAACUCCAAAUGGUGCAGCAGGAGCCAGUUCAGGAGUUAUCGCCUCAGGGACAGCCACCAUCCGUCGGACACCAUCUUCUAAAGCUAGUGUGAGACGCACACCAUCCACUUCUGGCCCCAUUCCCAUCCGGCCCCCCAUUGUGCCAGUUAAAACCCCCACAGUGCCCGACUCUCCAGGGUACACCAGUCCAGUUCUACAGCACAGAGGCAGCGAGGGGUUCCAGUAUGGUGAUGACCUACCAGGUGGUGACUGCAUGAGGUCAUCUCCUAAGAGGCUGAGCCUCCCUGACACCACCUGGGGCGCUGCAGGAGUCACAGACAAAACUGUUCACAACUUUCAGCAGACCACUGGCAUUGCCACCCAUAACACUGUGGAGGACCCGCUUCUUGCUGCCAACCGCCACAGCCUGGUAGAGAAGAUAGGAGAGCUGGCAGCCAAUGCUCAUGCACUCGGUGAGGGUCAGUUCCCCUUCCCCACCCCAAUGCCUGGAGAUCCUGUGCACCAGGAGCCGUCCUCUGCACACCAAGAGGAUGUGGAUAUGCUGGUGUCUAUACGCCGGGGAGUAAAGCUUCGUAAAACGGUGACUGAUGAUAGAUCAGCUCCCAGGAUUCUACGAUAGCUGAAGAGGUGAAAGCAGCAGAGCGGAAGAGGUGGUGCCCUUAUUAACAAACUGAAGCUUUGUAGUGAAAUGCAACAGCACUCAUGUC